AAGAGAGGGAGCCUUCUGGGAAUCCAGAGAGCAGAGUGGACCUCCUCAGCAGGGAAAGGCACAGGGCGUGAAGGGCAAGUCAAGCUCAGGGGAGGGCUCCCUCGGGCUCCUCCUCACAACUGUAAUUUGACACCUAGAUCUCCAGAACAACCAACAACAAAAAAGCUGAAGCGAUGAGGCACUGAAGGGACUGCAGCUGGCUGUCAGCAACCGGGAGCUAGCACCAGGAGGUGAGAAGCAGCCGCCUGUCAGGCAGCGCUGGUGAAGAAGUCAAAGGUGGUGGCCAAAGGACUUCCAGGAAGUACAUAGAGGCUCUAUACUGGGACACCUCUUCGUGGCUCCCCAAUAUUUGAGCUUCCAGACUGGCAGGAGCCCUACCACCAUGGCUGCCACAGACUUUGUGGGGGAGAUUCGCUCUGUGGGAGAGAGGCUGCUGCUGAAACUGCAACAACUCCCCCAGGCGGAGCCCGUGGAGCUCGUGGCCUUCUCCAUCAUCGUUCUUUUCACAGCUACUGUCCUGGUGCUGGGGCUGAUAGCCUGCAGCUGCAGCUGUGGUCAGUGCUGCGGCUCUGAGAGCAGACAGCGGAAGAUCCCGGUGCGGCCCAGAAAACCCAGAUGAGGGACAACAGCGAGCUGCCUGGAGAGAAGCUGGACAGAGCCUUCCAGGACUGUGACACAGGCUGUCACCAUGGCCACUUUACUCCUCAAGACAAGGUUACCUGGCCCCAGUUGUGGCAUUUCCCAGGUGACAGGACAGACAUCUGGAGCCUUAUCAAGGAAACAGGUGUUGCUCCAUCUGCUGGGGACACGGGGACAUGGCUGAGUUGGAGCAAACCACCACCUGGGGCGUCCGCUAAGCGGACCCUUUUAAGGGCCCCACACUUCAAGAGGGAACAGCUCAUGCUUGUCGGGAGCUGACUCCCGGGGCUCUGCUGACCUAUGCCAAAGAGAAGUAAGGUAAUGAGGGACUUUGUGCACUUUAUUAGACUCCAGGCCUCCUGCUGAGGGGAGGAACAUGGCAGUAUUCUGGUGGAAAUUUGUCUGCUUAUUUCCAAGUAAACACUUUUGGUUAUGUGUUUAUGUGGUGUGGCUGGGCUCUGUGUAUCAGGAGGGCAGAGCCAGAAUUCCAGGGGCAUGGCUAUUGACUGUUCUUUCCGGGCUACUGCUCUUUGUGUGCCCAUGAAAGCUGGAAAAUCACACAGGAGGAAUGUCACCAGGGCAUCAAGGCCAUGGCACCAGAGGAGAGACACGGCAACAUUCCUGUUUUGCAUCAUCUCUCACGCGCUGGCUUCCAGACCCCUACUCUGUUGAGUGAUGGAGGCUGUUGCCCCGGGACAGGUGGUAGGCCCAGGAAUGCCUCUUAACAUUUCCUGCUGUCCUAACUCUGUCUGUAUACCUCACACUGGCAGCCUCAGGUCACUGGAUCCUCCCACAUUUCUGCAGGUGAAGAAAGGUAAGGCUCUUAGUACUGUUUAUCACACCGCACCGUGAUGUUUUGGUCCUGUUCCUAUUCGUGUGCUGUCUGGACUCUGCUCACACACCCUCAGCUGACGCCUGUCAGCUUUGUGACCCAAUCCUCUUAAGCUAGGUUUCCUUCUGGUGACAUUAUCAAUCGUGGCACUCGCUUCCUGGGAUGUGCUAGGAGUACAGCAAGACAGCCCAAGUCCAACAGUGCCGGGCACGCGCUAGAUCUCUGUAAUCAUGAACUGUCAUCACCAGCCCUCCUAAGCAGGGCUGACCAGAGCACCAGGGCCCAUUUUAAAGAACAGUGCUGCUGAGACGCUGUCAUCCACCUCCCUCCCAGGUUACUUUCUUCCAGAUACACAGCUACAAAACUCAACGUGGAGGAGGGGGACAGACAUGUGAGUCUCCAUACAUGUCAACAGGACCAGGACUGGGCUCUCUAGCCAUCAAAGGCGCUAAUUACUCAUUUCUGACCCGUCAGUCUCUGCAGCAUACGUCCUGCUUGCUUGGGAGCAGAGCCCGCCUACCUUGAAGACAGGUCCCAGCCAGGGAAAGUCAGCCCUGCCACCUCUAGCUGGCCCUCCAUCCAUCCACACAGGCGGCCGGUUCUCACUGGCUGGUCUGUCUGCUGCCUACAGACUUAGCUGACAGGUCUGGGUUCUUGGAGAACCAGAAAGAAAGUGUUUUCAGACAAAGACAAGAAAUCUAAGACCCCACCUGUCCUUGGCUCCUAAAAAUUGGGAUUCAGACUUGACCAAGCCCUUACUUUAAUCCCAGCUUUUGGAGGUGGAGGCAGGUAUGAGCUCCAAUUGGCCAGGGCUAUAUAAGACCUUUUCUCAAAAACAAAAACACAGGGGUUGGGGAUUUAGCUCAGUGGCAGAGCGCUCUGAAAAAAACACAAACUACCACUGAAUGAUGAUGGUAAAGAAACUAAAAUUCAUCGUGCUGCAUUUAAACUCUCUCUGUGGUGCUGCGAAUGAAGCCCAGAAGAUUGUGAGAACUUGGCAAGUGGUCUUCCACUGAGCCACACCCCCAUUCAUGAGGCCUACAUUAGCCUCUCAAAUGUUAGGAUUACAGGAAAUGUGCCCAGGUUGUCUUGAGUUUUUACUUUGUUCCUAUUGAUUGAUUUUCCGGAGAGGAUUUCUGGGUAUAUAGCCCUAGCUGUCCCCGGCUGCCCUGAA